AUGGUUGAGGCAUUCGUUUGGUCGGUUGCAGCGGCAAAAGUCCCACGUACGGGCCGUCACACUCUUGGGGCGCAGCGGCAAGCCUACAAGCCAGGGAGUGCAGAGCUGUCGGCGUGGCGGUGUCCGCAGAGACGCCUGAGUGCUAGCAAGAGACCAGCACUUGUCGCAUCAAUAGCUACCGAGGCUGGCGUGAAUCUAACGGGAGUUUUCAUUCUCGCGGGGACGGUGGUGAUCCACGAGCUUGGGCACUUUCUCGCUGCUCGCCUGCAAGGUAUUAAAGUGAAAGGGUUCUCUAUAGGCUUCGGGCCUCGCCUUUUCAGCUUUCGACCGAAAAACUCGGAAACAGAGUUCGCGAUUCGGCUCCUUCCACUUGGGGGCUUUGUCGCCUUCCCCGAAGACUAUCGAUACGAUGAGGAGUCGAAAACCAUCGUCAAGAAUGACGAUCCUGAUUUGUUGCAGAAUCGGCCGUUGAUGCAGCGUGCACUGGUGAUCGCUGCGGGCGUCCUUGCGAAUAUCGCGCUCGCUUGGACGCUGCUUUUCACUUCAGUUGAGACGGUUGGCGCUCCGCGGAUGCAGUUUGAAACGGGAGUUUCAGUGCCGGCGCUUACGGACAUGAGCGCUCCUGCAGCGAAGGCCGGACUCAAGCCAGGUGACGUCAUUGUCGCAGUGAACGGCCAAGCGCUGGCACCCGGUGCGGAAUCCGCGUUGGAGGCUGCGAACAUGUUACGGCGCCUCGCCGCAGAUCCCCAGCACAAACCGAUCGAGCUGCAGCUUUCAGACGGAAGAGUAGUACGAGUGGAUCCCGAAGGGGGCCGCAUCGGCGUGCAGCUGGUCCCCAAUGCGAAAGUAUCGCGUGAGCGAGUCCCUCUACGGAAUGCUGUACCAGAGACCAACAAGGAGUUUGUGAAUACCUUACGCAAUACGAUCAACGGUUUCAUCACGCUGUUUUCGAAUCUCAAAGAAAACAGCAAGGAGCUCAGCGGCCCGCUCGGCGUGGCAUCCAUAGGUGCCGAAAUCGCUCGCCAUGAUGCCUCUGUCCUCCUGCAGUUUGCUGCAGUCAUUUCGCUGAAUUUAGGGAUCAUCAAUGCGUUACCGUUGCCGGCUCUGGAUGGCGGUCAGAUGGCCUUUUUGAUUGUCGAAGCGAUUCGUGGGAAACCGUUGCCACGGAACCUCGAGAAUGCGAUCAAUGGGACUGCGCUAACCCUGUUGCUGGUGAUGAGUGGGUUCCUGCUCAUAGGCGACCUUGAACGGAUUCAGGUGCUGUCGUGGCUGAUGAAUGGCCCUUCGCCGUGA